GCUUUCCCUUUGUCAACAGGGAUCCAUUUUCUCUCAUGGAUUACUGAUUUAUCUGGAUCGUUGACGGCUUGACCCGAUCCUGGAUUGUGGCGUUCUUCAGAGACAGAUUCAUUACAGUGAAUUCAGCCUACUAGAAAAGAUCUGCAUCCAACUGAAAUCUGCAAUGAAAGAGUUGGUGAAAGAGGAGAGUGAGAACAUGAAUGAUCCAGAAGUCUGCAGAAUAAAACAUGAAGAAACUAAAGAACAAAGAGACCUGAUGGAAGUGAAGGAGGAAAGUCAAGAGCUGAAAAUACUUCAGACCGAAAGCUAUUUUGCACAGAAAAAUACUGAGACAGCAGAAGCUAAAAAAUCUUUCACCUGCACUCAGUGUGGAAAGAGUUUCACACGAAAAGAAACACUUAAGGUUCACAUGAGAGUUCACACUGGAGAGAAACCCUUCACAUGUGAUCAGUGUGGAAAGAGCUUCACACGCAAAGAAACCCUGAAGUGCCACAUGAGUAUUCACACUGGAGUAAAACCUUUCACAUGUGAUAGAUGUGGAAAAAGUUUUCCAUGUAAAAACGACCUUAAUCGGCACAUGAGAGUUCACACUGGAGAGAAACCUUACAGAUGUGAUCAGUGUGGAAAGAGUUUCAGAAAGUCAAGAUGUCUCCACGAUCAUCUGCUCUCUCACAGUGGAGAAAGACCAUUUUCCUGUGAUCAGUGUGGUAAAACAUUUAAAGUGAAAUCAACCUUGAAGCUCCACUUGAAAGUUCAUGCAAAGGAGAAGGAUCACAUCUGCUCUAUAUGUGGAAAGUGUUUUACAUGGCUUGAGGGCUUGAAAGUGCACCAGAAAAUACACACCGGUGUGAGGGAUCAUGUGUGCUUUAAGUGUGGGAAGACUUUUAUUAGAGUCAGCCAUUUGAAAGAUCACCAGAAAAUUCACUCUGGAGAAAAAUCUUACAAAUGCUCACACUGUGACAAGAGAUUCACUGAUGCAUCAACCCUGAAAAAACAUGAGAGGACCCACUCUGGAAAGAAGACACACCACUGCCCUCCUUGUGGGAAGAGUUUCAACCAAAGUGGUAAUCUACGGAUUCAUAUCAAAAGGUGUCAUCCGAAGUCAAACCCACAAGAGAAGAUCUGCAUCCAAACAGAACAACUGAAAUCUGCAUCAGUGGACUUUGUGAAAGAGGAGAGUGAGAACAUGAAUGAUUCAGAAGCCUGCAGAAUAAAACAUGAAGAUACUGAGGAACAAAGAGAUCUGAUGAAAGUGAAGGAGGAAAGUGAAGAACUGAAAAUACUUUCACAGACUGAAAGCCAUUUCGCACAGAAAAAUACAGAGAGUGCAGAAGCUAAAAAGCCUUUCACCUGCACUCAGUGUGGAAAGAGUUUCACAAGUAAAACCAACCUUAAGAUUCACAUGAGAGUUCACACUGGAGAGAAACCCUUCACAUGCGAUCAGUGUGGAAAGAGCUUCAAAUGUAAAGGACACCUUAAGAUUCACACGAGUGUUCACUCUGGAGAGAAACCGCACACAUGUGUUCAGUGUGGAAUGAGUUUCUCACGCAAAGAAUACAUUAAGAUUCAUAUGAGAGUUCACUCUAGAGAGAAACCUUUCACAUGUGAUCAGUGUGGAAAGAGUUUCACGCGUAAAGAAACCCUGAAGAGCCACAUGAGUAUUCACACUGGUGAAAAACCAUUCACAUGUGGUAAGUGUGGAAAGAGUUUUGCAUGUAAAAACGACCUUAAUCGGCACAUGAGAGUUCACACUGGAGAGAAGCCAUACACAUGUGAUCAGUGUGGAAAGAGUUUCACACAUAAAGAAACUCUUACGAGACACAUGAGAGUUCACACUGGAGAGAAGCUGCACAUUUGCCAUCUGUGUGGAAAGAGUUUGGCACAUAAAGACAACCUUAAGAGCCACAUGAGAAUUCACACUGGAGAGAAACCGUACAGAUGUGAUCAGUGUGGAAAGAGUUUCAUACAGUCCAAAUGUCUCCAUGAUCAUCUGCUCUCUCACACUGGAGAAAGACCAUUUUCCUGUGAUCAUUGUGGUAAAACCUUUAAAGUGAAAUCAACCUUGAAGGGCCACCUGAAAGUUCAUGCAAAGGAGAAGGAUCACAUCUGUUCUAUAUGUGGAAAGGGUUUUACAUGGCUUGAGGGCUUGAAAGUGCACCAGAAAAUACACACCGGUGUGAGGGAUCAUGUGUGCUUUCAGUGUGGGAAGACUUUUAUUAGAGUCAGCCAUUUGAAAGAUCACCAGAGAAUUCACUCUGGAGAAAAACCUUACAAAUGCUCACACUGUGACAAGAGAUUCACUGACGCAUCAACCCUGAAAAAGCAUGAGAGGAUCCACUCUGAAGAGAAGACGUACCACUGCCCUCCUUGUGGGAAGAGUUUCAACCAAAGUGGUAAUCUACGGAGUCAUAUCAAAAGGCAUCAUCCAAAGUCAAACCUACAAGAGAAGAUCUGCAUCCAAACAGAACAACAGAAAUCUGCACCGUUGGAGCUUGUUAAAGAGGAGAGCGAGAAGACGAGUGAUUCAGAAGUCUGCAGAAUGAACAAAGAGACCUGAUGGAAGUGAAGGACAGAUCGGCGCUGGAGAACACAAUGUUAAUGUGCUCAUAUAACCGGUAGUGAAGUCUGAAAGAUCACUGAGACACAGAAUAAGUGUUCACGACGUCAGAAGCUUUUACAGAUGAAAGAUGUCUAUGACCGUCAGGUGUUUUCUACGGUGUGAAUGUUUUGAAGAAUCGGUCAAGCGGGCACUUGUGAAUAUGGGAGUGUUCAUGUCAUUUAUGAGUCUCAUAAGAAAGGUCACUGAUGUUUUAUUUGAGUUGCUGCUGAUAUUCAAUAUAAAAAUCUAGAAUUGAGGAACUUAAUGAAGAAGAAUAGAAGAAAAGCAUAUUAGAUUAAAUCAAAGUAUGUUAACACUGUAUAUACA